AUGGCUGUCAAACCGAUCACCGGCAUGCUCCGACGACAGGUCGUGCUCGACCUCUCUGUCGCUAUGGGUCUUGGCCUCACUGCCGGCUACGGCUGGUGGUACGGCUACCACGUCCCUGCCGUCCGUCACCGCGACGCCUUCUACCAGAAGCUCGAAGACGAGCGCGCAUCAUCUCUCGGCCAGAAAUAA